AUGCCGAUUGAAAUCGUUUGUAAAAUUGCAUUUUCGGAGGAUGACGAGAAGCAUAAGGGAGCGGUGGAAUGCGACAAGAGGAGUCUGAUCGAAGAGGGCUGUCAGUCCUCCACCACUGACCUUGUCACCUUUGCUGAUACCUGCUCGCUGCAUGGUAUUAACCACAUCUUUGUCCCGGGUGGCUGCGGGCUGAAGCAAAGUCUGUGGGCAGUCGCCUUCAUCUCUUCGGUGAUGCUCUUCCUCUACCAAGUGGUAAACUGUACCGUGUACUACCUUAAACAUCACCAUGUCACCGCCCUGGAUGAGGAAUCUCACCAGGAGAUCCCUUUUCCCGCCAUCACCAUCUGCAACAUGAACAGAUUCCGGCACACUGCCCUCACAGAUGCCGAUAUCUACCACCUGGCCAAUAUGACCGGAUUGCCUCCCAAGAGUAAGGAUGCCCACAAGGCAGUUACCCAGGGCUACCCCGUAGCUGACAUGAUGGAUAUCUUCAACAGGACCGGCCACCAGAUUGAAGAGAUGCUGAAAAAUUGUAACUUCAGUGGCUCCUACUGCUCGGCCCACAACUUCUCUGUGGUGUACACCAGAUACGGAAAGUGUUAUACCUUCAACGCAAACAAGACGAAUGUCAGGAAAAUGAAACAAGGAGGCAUGGGGAACGGCCUGGAAAUCAUGCUGGACAUCCAACAGGACGAAUACCUGCCCAUUUGGCAGGAGACGGAUGAGACUUCCUUCGAGGCGGGAAUCCGGGUUCAGAUCCACAGUCCGAGUGAACCUCCGUACAUCCAUCAGCUGGGAUUUGGAGUGCCCCCUGGAUUCCAAACCUUUGUCUCCUGUCAGGAACAAAGGCUGACCUACCUGCCCCCACCCUGGGGUGAAUGUCGCUCUGACCUGACGGCGGAUCUCCCUGGCUAUCAGGAUUACAGCCUGACUGCGUGUCGGAUCCAGUGUGAGAAGGAAGCUGUCCUGAGGGAGUGUCACUGCCGCAUGGUGCACAUGCCAGGUACUGAGGCAGUCUGUAACCCGGAGCAGUACAUGGAGUGUGCUGACAGGAUCCUGGAUGGACUGAUCAUAAACUCAAACCAAAGUUGCAAGUGUGAGACACCUUGUCACCUAACGAGGUACAAUAAGGAACUCUCCAUGGUGAAAAUGCCGAGCAAGGGCUCCUCUAAAUACCUGGCAAAGAAAUUCAACACCACAGAGCGAAACAUUAAAGAUAACUAUCUGGUGCUCGAUGUUUAUUUCGAAGUGUUAAAUUUUGAAACCAUUGAACAGAAGAAAGCAUAUGAUGUGGCAGGAUUACUGGGCGACAUUGGUGGUCACAUGGGCCUCUUCAUUGGAGCGAGUCUCCUCACCAUCCUUGAAAUCAUCGACUACAUCUUUGAGCUGAUCCGGGUGAAAGUCCGCCAAGUUCUGACUCCUCACCGUCACACUCCAACAAAAACACAGGACAGCAUUGCAACACUCAUCACAGACAACAGCAAGCUGAGCUCAAGUGAUCCUCUCCGCUGCCCUCCCGAAGGAAUGGCCAUCGCGACCAAUCCGGCCUCUGACCGCCCUCAGCACAGGCUCCCCUACCAGGACUUUGCGUGUUGA